AUGCAUUGCCUACUAGUGCUGACCGUGCCGGUCACCUGUGCGUACCGCCUGACCCGUGGUGCAGACCUGCAGGAUGCGGGGGUUCACCAGUUCACUCCUGCGAGUCAGCGGGUGACCCACUGCACGGACGCACGCACAGGCCGGCACCUGGCCACGUUCUCGCGUCGGCCGGGGUCGAGCCUCUACACCCUGACCACUGAGUUUCCUCCUGUCCCUGCGUCCGGACCUUCCUGUGUCCCCUGUGUCGAGGGGCGCCUCAGGGCUGCUCCUCACUCCUCCCAGUUUCCCCCGACAGAGGCUCCUCUGCAGACACUUCACAUGGACGUGUGGGGCCCGGCCCCCGUCCGUGGGCAGGGUCACGAGCGCUACUUCCUGUUGGUGGUUGACGACUACUCGCGUUACACCACAGUCUUCCCCUUGCGCAGCAAGGGUGCUGUCACUGAGGUGCUGAUCGACUGGAUCCGCGAGGCUCGUCUCCAGCUCAGGAGGAGCUUCGGCUCGGACUUUCCUGUUCUGCGUCUGCACUCUGACCGAGGUGGGGAGUUCUCCUCUCGCCUUCUACGCGACUACUGUCGUGCACAGGGGAUCCGCCAGACCUUUACGCUUCCGGACUCUCCACAGCAAAAUGGGAUUGCUGAGCGCCGCAUUGGCAUGGUCAUGGAUGUCGCUCGUACGUCCAUGAUGCAUGCGGCUGCCCCCCAUUUUCUGUGGCCGUUUGCGGUUCGGUACGCGGCGCAUCAGCUCAACCUUCACCCCAGGGUCUCUCGGCCCGAUAUGUCCCCAGUGUUACUGUGGACGGGGAAGGUCGGCGAUGCGUCUGCGUUCCGUGUCUGGGGAUCUCGGGCGUUUGUCCGCGACUUGUCUGCGAACAAGCUGUCCCCCCGUGCUGCUCCCUGUGUCUUCCUUGGCUUCCCCCCUGACGCUCCAGGGUGGCAGUUUUACCACCCCUCCUCUCGUCGUGUUCUGUCCUCCCAGGACGUCACGUUCGACGAAUCAGUCCCCUUCUACCGCCUCUUCCCCUACCGUACUCCUUCCCUCCCCCCCCCACCGGACUUCCUGGUGCCAGUAGACACAGUCGAGCCAGUCGAGGUUGCUGCUGAGUCUGGUCCUGCUGCGGGUGCAGAGUGUGGGGGUGCUACGCCUGCGGGUGCUGAGCUUGGGGGUGCUGCUGCUGGGGGUGCUGAGCCUGGGGGUGCGAGGCCGGGGGGUGCUGAGCUUGGGGGUGCUGCUGCUGGGGGUGCUGAGCCGGGAGGUGCUACGUCAGGAGCUGCUGAGCCUGGGGGUGCUGAGCCUGGAGGUGCGGAGCCUGCGACUGCUGGACCUGGGGGCUCUCCGGUUGCUCCGUCUCGGCGGGAGCCGCUCUCUCCACACGAGCUGCGCGAGUGGUUUGCUCGCCGCUGGAGGCGUGCUGCUGGAGCUGGAGCUCCUUCGACUGCUGCGGGUGCUGGUGCUGCCGGUCCCGGAGCUGCUGGGCCUGAGGGUCCUACUGGAGCUGGAGCUGCUGAGCCUGGGGGUGCUGAGUCUGGAGCUGCUGAGCCUGGGGGUGCUGAGUCUGGGGCUGCUGAGCCUGGGGGUGCUACAUCUGGAGCCGCUGAUCCUGGGGUUUCUCCUGGUGCUGCGUCUCGGCGGGAGCCCCUCUCUCCACAGGAGCUGCGCGAGUGGUUUGCUCGCCGCUGGAGGCGUACUGCUGGAGCUGGAGCUUCUUCGACCGUCGAGGGUACUGGUGCCGCCGGUCCCGGAGGUGCUACGCCUGCGGGUCCUACUGGAGCUGGGGCUGCUGAGGGCGUUGGUGCUGAGUCUGCUGCUGUCUGUCCUGACGGUGGUUCUGCUGCUGGUGCUGCUGGAGGUCCUGCCGCUGAAAAUAUAUUCAUCUAG